AUGCAACAGGUGUGAACUUGUAUGUGAAGAAUCUGGAUGAUGGUCUGGAUGAUGAACGUCUUCGCAAAGAGUUCUCACCUUUUCGGAACCAUCACCAGCGCCAAGGUGAUGAUGGAGGGUGGUCGCUCGAAAGGGUUUGGUUUCGUUUGUUUCUCGUCCCCGGAGGAAGCCACAAAGGCAGUGACGGAGAUGAACGGCAGGAUUGUAGCCACUAAGCCGCUGUAUGUUGCUCUGGCGCAGCGUAAAGAGGAGCGCCAGGCUCACCUCACCAACCAGUACAUGCAGAGGAUGGCGAGUGUGCGUGCCGUCCCGAACCCGGUUCUCAACCCCUACCAGCCUGCACCUCCGUCUGGGUACUUUAUGGCUGCCAUUCCUCAGAGAGCAGGUGAGAGUGCGGAGGGUCAGAACGAGAAAACCGUUAACGAUGGAACAUCAACCCUGACUGGAGUGUAA